UAGUCACCCAUUAUUGAUCAAUGUAGAUGCUACUUCAACAAGGUCAACUUCUUCUCAGUCCAGUGAACCUUGUGUUUCUUCGCCGGCCGUUCACCGCUAUGCAAAGUGCAUGGUUCUAUCGGUACGUCGCUUAGAAGGAUGGAUUUAUCGUAGGAUUCGAAUCAAUGGCCCAAUAAGAGUGGUCUUGUAAGCAAACCGAUGCUGACCAAAGCAAAGAGGUCCUACUCCGUUUUGAGACAGUGGCUUUUCGUAAUCCGGGGUCGGUCCCAGGGGCUAGAAAUUCAUGUUCUACCCUACUGAGAGGGAUGGUUGCUCUCGUGCUGGGAAUUCAUGCUUGUGGAGCCAAUCACUCUUUCAUGAGGCUUGAUGUCGACCUCAAUGUCGCCAAUUCGCGAUUGCGAUUGCUCUGGUGAGUUGACCUUUAUCAUCGAGGAUGCCAUGUGUCUUUCAUGGGUGGACUCUCAAUAUUCCCCUGAUACAGUCUUUUUGAUCCGGGGUAACUCCAAUCUUAUCAAGGUAAUUGUCAAGGCCGCCGUAUAUAGAGUCAAGAUGCUGGGCGACCUUUUCACAGAAGUCCGGGGGACAGGCAGCGAAUGAUUCAUCCAGUCCAAUGCUCGAUAUCUCCUUCAUUCUCGCCGCCUUUUCAGGCUCCAGUUCUGGUUCGGAUCUGACGUAGUCCUUCGAUAUGGCAUCCGCCCUGACAUCGCAGAGGAGGAGGACCAACAGCACUACCAUGCCUGUCCUAUCUUUGCCUUGUGUGCAGUUCACCAUGAUAGGCCACGCAUUCUCGUCGGCAAGGACAUCGAAAACUUCUUUGACUUCAGGGCCGCUAUGAUCGAGAGUAUCUAGACCCAGGCCAAUGAGUCCACGAGGCUGCAUCAAUUCUCGUCCCAGCACUGAGAUACCCUCAGUGCGGUAGCCUAGAGCCAUCAGAAACACUAGCUUGACCAAGCUGGUAUAUUUCAACUGCCAUAUGAGAUGUCGUUCAAACCCUUUGCCAUUGAGAUUGACGUUGGCAUAAUGCACGCCUGGAAAUCGAUGUAAUUGAUCGACAUUUUCACCGGACGAAGGCACACCGGUCGAUCUCGCAUUGAAGCCAACUUCUGACCGCUUUUUGGCAGCAUUGAUAUGUUCAGUUUUAGAGCGAAGGUCAAUGAUGGUCUUUAUCUUUAUGGCGUCCGUAAGAUAUUCACGAUCGGAUGCACUGCAUUCAUCUGGACGAGCGCUUCUGAAGAAAAGGCCGGUGUUCAAAACGUCCGACCCAAUGAUGGAAUUGAUAUGAGCGCCAACAUCGCGAAAGUUGAGAAGGCUAUCAAACUUGUGUUCCGCAACGACUCCCAUAACGAUAGAAGUGUGGUCGAGUUCUGUGUACCUAGGCAGGUAAUACUGUAGGAAACUAGCCGUCAGUGACGUGACGCAUGUGGUUGCACCAACACUGGUCCGAGUCCCAUACCAAAGCCAAGAUAAAUGAUCUUCUCGAUCUAAUUUAAUCAAGGUUGUGGAGUUUAGAGCUCGAAAAGAAUGGAGCUGUUGAUGUAUUGCCAGCUGGUGUGUGUCCCUGCUUGCUGUUCUUCAAGACUUACCAACAACGGCAACUUUCGCAGGUGUGUGCAAAUUGUGGUGAAGACAUUGAUUUGACUGCAUAAUAAUGAACAUGUGCGACCAAGAAGAAGAGGAUACGGACCAUAGGUAGGCGAGCUUCCAUUUCAGAAUGGGGGAAUGGGUGUGCCCAGUUCUUGCCUGGGCGAGGACGGGAGCUUACCAAGGUUCGAGCACAGUAUCGUAGGCACCUAGGGGGCUUGGAUCAGGUCUAUUGGGGUGAUCUUUCACCUACUGUAGGCGCUCCGAAUAGUGCAACUCGCCCCGAGCUUAAGCUUGUGCUCCAGCAUCACCACCCAGCAUUGGGACCAAAAUACAUGACGUAGGUGGUGUGGAUGACAGACCCAAGCGCAUGCUCUUGGUCAUGGAUGGCACCACUGCAAACUCACCCAACACGGCGGCAAGUGUAGAAGCUCUUGUUCUUCUGGUUUGCACGUCGUCAGUCCUUGCUAGACGCUUCACAAUCCUUCUAUACACUCGUCCUUUGAUGUUGUGGUAGUGUCGCAGCGCGCGUGCAGAAGAUCUUGCUGUUGCUCAAAGCACUCUGCGCACCCAGCCACCGUCCUCUUUAUCUCCGUCAUUGGGCCAAGCACCAUGUCGGCAAUCAGCACUACUCCGCGAUCCAGCUUCACUCCCCCCUCCAACAAACUGGAAGAUCAAGCUGCUUCCGCUGCCGUACGUGAGUCUCGAGACUCGACGCGGAAACGAAGUUCUUCCUCAGUUCUCGAUGAGGACGGUCGGCUCUCUUCCGCUAGUGAGUGCAAACCCCGCCGUCGUCAUACUGUGACCAUUCUAAUUGUCAUCUCAGGUGCCGCGCUUUCUCUGAAGUACGCACGAGCUCAAGAUCUACCAUCCUAUCCUUCUACUGGAGGAGUGAAGCUUGCCUCUGCCGGUGCGGCUGCAAGUCUCGCCGAAUCCAAUAAAAGGGCCUUCGAACACUGGACACCAGGAAACAUUCCAGCAGCCAACACUGCAGCCUCAAAGGCGAAAGAUUAUGAGAUGGACCCCUUAUGGAAACCUGAGUUAAGCCAGGCUGGGUCAAAAGCAGCAAUAGCAGCUCACAGAGAUACUGCGCCGGUGGACAUAUGGCGCGCCCCCGAAACGGAACAUGGCAACUCUGCUGCGACUUCUGCGUUGCAAAAUCAGACGUCACCACCCGCCAUCACGGAAAGACAGGUGUCGUCUGAUGGCCGGCAAAAGGCACUCUUGGCCGCUACGAAGUCGAUGUCAAGUGGUAGGCGGCGCGCAGAAUCUGCUCCUAUGCCACCCCAGCCAAAACAGGGCAACUCGGCCUGGGCUCUGAAGGCUGCAGGAUCGGUCCAUGGCCGGAAGCCAUCCGAGAGGUCUCAAACAUCCUCGCCACAGUCUAGCGACUUACUAGGCGCAGACGCAGCAAGAGUUCAGAACAUUGCGCGGAACAAUGUCUCCAGGCAAAUGUACACCUCGAACCCACCAGUUGCAAUCGAAGUGGAGGAGAAGAAUAGACAGGAUAUGUUGCGUGCUUCUGCAGUUGCUAUGGCGAGAAAAAUGUAUGCCAUCCAGCAAGCACAAAUUGAUGAAGCGAAAGGAAUACAUCGGUCGGACAGUCAUUUCGCUGCAUAUAACGCCCGUAGGCGAGCCCAAUCUGAUGCAGCAAAUCAACCUGCGACUGAAGAGUUGCCCCGGUAUGAGAAUCUAGAAGAGGCUGCUCGCAGGCUAGCACAGGAACGACUUGCGAGGAUACAUGACGAACACGCCGAAUAUCGCCAAUACUACGGUGCCCAGUCGCCACCUAAACAGUCUCGGCUAUCACUACGACGUGGACGGCGAACCUCCAACCUGCAACGAGAUGAUAGUGACUCCGAUGAAGAACAGUCUCGAAAGAUCAGAUCCCAGAUGUCGAUCUUCCAGAGCAAGUUAGCUGAAGUCGACAACAAGAAGCGACAAGCCGAUCGAGAUGCUUUACUUGCCAUUGCGCACAAAAAUGUGACCGCACGUAUGAAUGCCAUUGAUGAGAAAGUGUUUGGCGAGACAGGCAAGACUACUCCUCAACAGCGAGAAUUAUGGGAGAGGCAAGCUCGCGAAAGAGCUCAGAGGGAGAGCGAUGAUAGGUUGCUUCAUGUCGGCAAGGUCCAUAUCGGUGGUGGGAAGUAUCUCGAACAGUCAGAGAUUGAUGCCAUUGCCAAGGCUCGUUUGCAACCAACGCUGGAUGAAAUCACAGAAAAGGCUGAACAACAACGAGCGAGAGAUGAGGAGCUGCGACAAGAGCAAGAAAGGAUCAAGGCUGAGCAAGAAGCCGAGAAGACUAGGCUAGCUCAGGAAAAGGCUGAACAGAGAGCUGCAGCUGAUCGAGAGAAAGCUGAGGCCAAAGCACAAAGAGCUGAAGAAAAACGAGUCCAGCAAGAGCAGAAGCACGAGGAGCGGCGUGUCAGAACAGAGCAAAAAGCUGCGGAGAAGAAAGCACGCGAUGAGGCGAAGGCUGCAACAGACGAGAAAAGACAGUCUGGAACGACAAAGGGCCGUUUGCUGCCUAGUUUCUUGUCUAGAGGCGGAGCGGCUGGGGCCGCCGCAGGAGCUGGAACCGCAGCUGCUGUUGAAGGUACUGUGCACGCGGCAGAGGGUGUGGCUGGUACCACGUUCGGCCCUACGGUCGAGCGAGGAGAGAUCACAGGUGACACUGUUCAUGAACAAGUCACCCUCGAUCCAGCCGAAGCUGCCCAUGCUAUGGCAAGUACCGAAAAUGAAGAGGACGCAACGCCCAGACCAACAGAAGAAUCCGGUAUCAUUGGUGAAUCAGCAUCUAAGGAGGAAGUUCACGGUCAUCCCUAUACGGAAACGCAAGAGCCAACAUCACCAGCUGUACCUUCAAGCCCGACGUCACCAUCGAAACGGGAUUCGAAGGUCAAAUCAUGGUUUAAACGGUUUAGGAGUGGUAGCAAGUCAGAGAACGAGACCGACAAGCAGCCUGAAGACGAAGACGCGGAUCCCAUGGCAACUGGUCGGACGGCAGAGCCUAUCAGCAGUGUCGAGGAGGAAGAAAAUCCUGAAUCUGAUUCUGUUCGUGAUGUUGCCCUGGCUGGUCGAAAGAGCGAGGCUGAGACUGACGAUAUGUACGGCGGCUCGGCUCGACCAGCUGGACGAGUCUCACCGUUGCAAGAUGAUCCUGCUAGCCAUCAAGUUGUCACAAGAGGCGGAGAUGGCGAGAGAUCAAUCAGUCCAAUCUCAGGAUCGUCAGAACUCAGUGAAGACCCAUUUGUGAUUGCUGCAGAUGUAGCAUCGUCGAGAUAUUCUGAGCAUGGAGGAUCAAAACGAGACUCUGGCAUGGAUCAAGCCGGGACAAUUUCCGAUAGUGACGAUGAACCCCGUGGGAGAAAGGGCUUCCGCGAGCGCUUUUUGAAGAAGGUCAUCCCCGGCAGACACAAGGACGAGGACAAGCACAAAUCUGUUGGAGAAUCCGGCAUGGUGGAUGUGGGGUCUCCCAUCGCAGAAGAGACAAGCCAUGACCAGACGACACAUGAUGCAGAAGAUGCGCCGGCAGAUGAGACCCAUGCCAACCCGGAUCCUCAAGUUCUUUCCGAGACCGAACCUUUGCGAGAAAAGAUUCAGGAGCCAUCAACGACGUCGACGGAAGCUGGAAACACUGCCACCACGGGCGCAACAACACCGGCCUUGACGCAUACUCAGACCAAUGGUGAAGAUGACGACGACUUUGAAGAGGCUCGCGAUACAUUCGAUGAGCAGAGACUAGGGCCACCACCGAAACUGGUCGAGGUGUCAAAAAUGGAAGCUCCUCGGUUGGUUGAUGUCUCUAGUCCAACACAGAAGAAGGGCGGUGAAUCUCCAGCCGGCAGGAACAGUAUCGGUAGCGGGAGUCGAUUUACCGAAGAACUGUAACCGCGUGACUGUUUUUUGGGGAGUUGAAGACCAGUCAGAUUGUACGGGAUGUAUACGAAAAACAAGGCAAGACAUGGGGUGCGAACAUAUGAAGAGGUAGGUGGGAAAAUAUUGGAGAGAGAAGGAUAAUCUGCAAGUCCUGGACACAGCUGCUUGAUGAAUUUCUUUGUUUAUGGGACGUUUUCAUGUUUUAUCGUGGACUGUUUGUAAGGUUGUUGUUGUAACGGAGUCAUCAUGUCCGAUGUACCAUGCUGUUCCAUGGGAGGAAAUAUGUACACGCGCAGAAGGUAAGCGAACAAUUUAGUUUGCAGUGUGCUUUUGGAUACCAAUUGAACACCAGUUUGAAAAUGGAAAUGUGUUUUAGUCUUUGAAAAAAAGGAAAUAAAAAAUGAUACGCAUGUUCGAGCUUUGA